AUUAUAAUUUAUGGGCAGAGAUUUCAGAGGUGGAAGAGGAGAUACACGAGGAGGUGGAAGAGGAGGAGAUAGAGGAAGAGGAGCUCCUAGAGGCAGAGGAGGUGCAAGAGGUGGAAGAGGAGGUCGUAUGGGUGGAGCUCCAAAAGCCUUUGUUGUUCCUCAUCCAAGAUUAGCUGGAGUCUUUGUCGCUAAGGGAUAAUAAGAAGCUUUGGUUACUAAGAAUAUGGUACCAGGCGAAUCAGUUUAUAAUGAGAAAAGGAUUUCUGUAGAAGAUAAAUAAACUGGAGAAAAAGUAGAAUACAGAGUUUGGAAUCCAUUCAGAUCUAAGAUUGCAGCUGGUAUCAUUGGGGGAGUGAGUGAUAUUUUCAUUAAACCAGGCGCUAAAGUCUUAUAUUUAGGAGCUGCUUCAGGAACCACAGUUUCUCAUGUUUCAGAUAUUGUUGGAUCAGAAGGUACAUAAUAUAUAUAAUAUAUAAUAGGUGUCGUUUAUGCUGUUGAGUUCUCUCAUAGAUCAGGUAGAGAUCUUGUUAAUAUGGCUAAAAAACGAACAAAUAUAGUUCCUAUCAUUGCUGAUGCCAGAAAACCUCUUGAGUAUAGGAUGCUAGUCGGAAUGGUUGAUGUAGUAUUUGCUGAUGUAGCUUAACCAGAUCAAGCCAGAAUUGUUGGUUUAAACUCCCAAUAUUUCUUAAAGAAGGGUGGUCAUUUCAUGAUCUCCAUUAAAGCCAAUUGCAUUGAUUCCACUAAUAGAGCUGAAGUCGUAUUUUAACAUGAAGUUUAAAGAUUGAAGGUAUCCAAGUAUUCUAUUAUCUUCGCAGGAUGAAGGCCUUACACCCUAAGAAUAAUUGACUCUAGAACCAUAUGAAAGAGAUCACGCUAUCGUUAUUGGAGUAUAUAAUGUUUGACAAUUUAAAUAUUAAUAUUUU